GUACUAAGCUGUGACGACGUCGUUUUAGUGGAAUGCCGAAAAGAAGGGGUUGUAGGGUUUAAGGGAGUUGUCCAUUUUCCGGAUUUCUCAUUUUUCUUCUCUGAAUCCUCCAGGCAUUGAGAUGGCUGGGGUUUGCAGAUCAGCGGUAAUGGCUGGCACAAAGUCUCUGGCUUCUCGAUCCAAAGCCCUAAUCCCCAAAACCCUUUCUUCAAAGCCAUUGGCUUCUCCAUUUUCUUCUUCCACAAGACCCAUGCCCUGCGCUUCCAGGAUCCUUUCGGCGUUAGGAAGUGUGGAAUCUCUGAUGCCGCUUCACAGCGCCGUUGCUUCUGCUCGCCUCAAAUCCUUCAUUGCCGUUGAUUCCACCUCCUGGAGCUGGCUUUCCCAAGACUUUGCAGUUCCUCGGUGACAAAGACUCAAGGUUUCAGUCGCUUCAAUCAAAAUUGGCUGCAAGUUGAGCAGUGUCUGUACUUUUGUUGGUUCCACCACUUCUUCCAUUGCUUUUCCAUUCAUGACCACUGCUUGGUGUAAGUUAUUUCCCUGGCCAAGAGUAUCAAACUAGUAUGGAUCUUUGCCAAUGCAUCCUGUAAUUCUAGAUGUUUCGAAAAUUUUAGAUAUCUUCAAUCCAUUGCUCUCCCAAAUAAUGUGUUCCCAAACCAGUACUUGUUUGUGAAAAUACUGGGUUUGUUGCUAUUCAAAGAAUGCAAGGAUGAAUGGCAAUGAACACAUCUGAAGUAA